AUGGCCACAAACUUUUCCAAGAACGCUGAGGAGAGACCAGAGCCUGUUUCAGCAGAUGUAAAAGGGAAUAUUCCCAGCUGGCUGCAAGGCACCCUGCUGCGUAAUGGCCCGGGCAUCUUCUCUGUGGGGGACACCAGCUACGACCACUGGUUCGAUGGGAUGGCCAUCAUGCACAGCUUCACCUUUAAAGACGGUGAAGUGACCCACAGGAGCAGAUUCCUCCGAAGUGACACCUAUAAAGCUAAUAUGGCUGCAAACAGGAUAGUGGUGUCUGAAAUGGGGACGAUGGCAUACCCAGACCCAAGCAAGAACUUCAUUGUCAAGGCAAUUACCUUCCUCAACCACACUGUGCCCGACUUCACUGACAACGGCGGGAGCAAUUUCAUUAAGUAUGGAAACGACUACUACGCCACCUCUGAAACCAACUACAUCCGCAAGAUUGAUCCUGUGACUCUGGAAACUCAGGACAAGGUGGACUACAUGAAGUACUUGCCGGUUAACAUGUCUUCGUCCCAUCCACACUACGACAAAGAGGGCAACGCCUACAACAUUGGAACUUCAAUAGCAGAAAAGGGCAAGACUAAAUAUAUGCUGUUCAAAGUCCCUGCUGUGACAAAGAAAGACAAAGACAAGAAUGUCCCCGCGCUGAAGAACGUGGAGGUGGUCUGCGCAAUCCCCUGCCGCACGCUGCUCACGCCCAGCUACUGCCACAGCUUUGGCAUGACGGAAAACUACUUGGUCUUCAUCGAGCAGCCUCUCAAGCUGGACAUCCUCAAGAUGGCCACUGCAUACAUGAGGGGGGUCAACUGGGCGAGCUGCCUGAAGUUCUGCCCUGAGGAAACUACUCUGAUCCACUUGAUAGACAGAAAGACUGGAAAACUGGUCGAGACAAAGUACUCCACCGGAGCAAUGAUCGUCUACCAUCACGUAAAUGCCUUUGAGGAUGACGGUCACGUGAUCCUUGACGUCAUCGCCUACAAGGACAACAGCCUUUAUGACAUGUUCUACUUGAGCAAGCUGAAGGAGAACACCAAGGCCCUUGAUGAUACCUACUCCAAACCAAGCUACAAAAGAUUUGCACUCCCCAUCCACACAGACAAGGGCGCUGCAGUUGGAGAGAACCUGGUGAAGCUCAAAUACACGACGGCCAGCGCUGUGAAGGAGAAAGAAGGCAAACUAAAGUGCCAGGCAGAGGUGCUCUGUGAAGGUUUAGAAUUACCCAGAAUUAAUUAUGACAUCAACAGCAAGAGGCACCGAUUUGUCUACGGGAACUGUGUGGAGGAGUCCGCGCUGUCAAAACAGAUUGUGAAGUUUGACACAGAAACCAAGGAAAUGGUUUACUGGAAUGAGGACAACUGCUUUCCAUCAGAGCCUAUUUUCAUCCCCAAACCAAAUGGAGAGUCGGAGGAUGAUGGUGUGGUCUUAACAUCAGUAAUCAACUCCAACCCUGGCCAGUGUUGUUUCAUUCUGAUUCUGGAUGGCAGAACCUUCAAAGAGGUAGCUCGAGGAUACGUGAAUGCUGAGCUGCACAAGGAUGUGCAUGGAUUUUUUAUCCCACAGGGAAAUUAGCCAGUUGUGUAUUUGUCCAAUCUUCCAAAAUUUGCUGUAUGGCACAGGAAUCUAUCUGAACAUUCAUUUUAAUUUCAGCUUUUUUCCCGGUAUGUUUAUCAAGAAACAUGCACAUUUAUAGAUUCUGUGUGGGUCAAAUUGUUGCAAGCUUGUAUUUAUACAUCACUUUUAUGUAGUCCACAUUAUUCAACUGUACUGCCAUUGCUCACAUUAUUUUCCUGUACUGCUAUGACCAUUAUUGAACUGCUUCAUUGAAUAAAUAUGUAUUCCAACUCUUUGGUUAGACAAGAUAAUAAGAGUGAUUCCAACACUCCAAUUUUGGGAGGUGUCAUUGCAAGCAAUCCUGCUUAUGCACUAUCUUGUUUUUACAGCACCAUCUCUUUCAGAACAUUUUAUCAUCUGUUGGCAAAACACCUGCGUGAGUAGGUCCUUAUGUCACUCUUAUCCUUGUUAUCUAAAAUAAAUAAA